AUGGACGACCCGUUCCCCCCUCGCCGUCGACUUGGCAAGCCGGCCACAGCUGGCGCAGACAGCCGUGAUCACCGUUUUUUCGGCUUGAGCGUUGAUAGCCCUGGUGCUAGCGGAUCCAGUGCGCGGAACACGGCAUCCAGGAUUGUGAACAGCGUGAAGAGGUCGUUCAGUGUGCAGAGGAGACGUGAUAUGAGUCCAGUGGACAGGGGAAUGUACUCAACUCCCGAGGAGAGUAUUCCACACACCCCCUCGCGAUACAAUUUCUCCGACGCGCCAGAUACGCGUCCGACGAUAGAGCAGAUCGCUAUGGGUCUGCACAUCUCGCGCACACCGCACCUGCGCCCCGUGCACAUCACCAGCCAGCUAUCGCACCUCCAUAGUCGGCAUCAUGACGGCUCCGAUGACUCCCAUGUGUCGUACGGCUACUCGCCUGCCCCUCGCCCGAACGGCCACCAUCGUCGGAACUCAGCGUCCGUCCUGCUCACUCCUGCUCGGUCUUCGCUCAAAAAGCGACCGUCGGCGCUACUGGUGCACAGCGCGCCGGCGUCUGCACCCCUGACGCCGACGACAUCCGACUUGUCCCUAUCAACGCUCACCUCAAAUGGGCCGUCGACACCGCGAUCGAGCCGGAGUCCGUCGGUGCACAUCAUACCAUCUCGGUUGCAGCUGAGCAUGUCCAGGCUGCUGCCGGGCAAGAAAAGCUCGGUCUCGCGUGCGUCCAGUCCAGCGGUGACGACGAACUCGUCAGACGAUGACGCGGGAUCUGCGGAGCUGGUGAGCCGCAAGGUCGUGCGUUUCUCGCCAGGGGUCCAUAAGGACCACGACGUACAAUCCUCUUAA